AUUUCAGGCAGGAUUUUAUGCGCUCUAAACUUUGAAUUUAGUACUUCCGCUCUGUAACACUCCUUCCGGUUUGGACGCCAUUAGAAAACGCAGAAAUGGCAAUUCGGUAUCCUAUGGCUGUUGGUCUUAAAAAAGGCCACCCAGUGACCAAAAACGUGAACAAGCCCAAGCAUAGCCGCAGAAGAGGGCGAUUGACCAAGCACAGCAAGUUUGUGCGUGAUAUGAUCCGUGAGGUGUGUGGCUUCGCCCCUUACGAAAGGCGUGCUAUGGAGUUGCUGAAGGUGUCCAAAGACAAGCGUGCCCUCAAGUUCAUUAAGAAAAGGGUGGGAACACACAUCCGUGCCAAGAGAAAGAGGGAAGAGCUCAGCAACAUUCUGGCUGCAAUGAGAAAGGCUGCUGCCAAGAAGGAGUAAAGUUAUUGGGCAAAUAAAUUUGUAUUUACAAAUCUA